GGAGGCCGAGGCCCCCGCCCCCUACCGGGGUCUCUGUGGAGCCGCGGACGCGCCGGCUUUGAGCAUCCCUGGCGGGCCAGGGGAGGCCCUGGGGCUGCGGCUCUGGCAGCCGCGGCCCCGCCCGCUUUCACCAUGGCCAGCUCCGAGGAGGACACAUCCAACGAUGGAGACAUGCCCCCUACAGCAGCCGCUGUGGCAGUGGGCGCCCACCUUCUCGGCUUUUCGGAUGAGAUCCUGCUGCAUAUCCUGAGCCACGUCCCCAGCACAGACCUGGUUCUGAACGUCCGGCGCACCUGCCGGAAGCUUGCGGUGCUAUGCCUGGACAAGAGCCUCACCCACACUGUGCUGUUGCAGAAGGACUAUGAGGCAAGUGAGGACAAGGUGAAGCAACUGGUGAAGGAGAUCGGCCGGGAGAUCCAGCAGCUCAACAUGGCCGGCUGCUACUGGCUGUCAGGUGCCACCAUUGAGCACGUGGCCCGUUGCCGCAGCCUGGUGAAGGUGAACCUCUCUGGCUGCCACCUGACCUCCCUGCGUCUCUCCAAGAUGCUCUCAGCCUUGCAGCACCUGCGCUCUUUGGCCAUCGACGUGAGCCCUGGCUUCGAUGCCGGCCAGCUGAGUGGUGAGUGCAAGGCCACACUGAGCCGCGUGCGGGAGCUGAAGCAGACGCUGUACACACCCUCCUAUGGUGUCGUGCCCUGCUGCACCAGCCUUGAGAAGCUGCUGCUCUACUUCGAGAUUCUUGACCGCACACGUGAGGGCGCCAUCCUCUCAGGCCAGCUGAUGGUUGGCCAGAGCAAUGUGCCCCACUACCAGAACCUGCGGGUCUUCUACGCGCGCCUGGCCCCUGGCUACAUCAAUCAGGAGGUGGUGCGGCUCUACCUGGCUGUGCUCAGUGACCGCACGCCUGAGAAUCUUCACGCCUUCCUCAUCUCUGUGCCUGGCAGCUUCGCUGAGAGCGGGGCCACCAAGAACCUCCUGGAUUCCAUGGCCCGCAACGUGGCCCUGGAUGCCCUGCAGCUGCCCAAGUCCUGGCUCAACGGCUCAUCCCUGCUCCAGCACAUGAAGUUCAACAACCCAUUUUAUUUCAGCUUCAGCCGUUGCACCCUGUCCGGUGGCCACCUGAUCCAGCGGGUCAUUGAUGGAGCCAAGGAGCUCCGCAGCCUGGCGAGCCUGAACCUCAGUGGCUGCGUCCACUGCUUGUCCCCGGACUCCCUGCUCCGCAAGGCGGAGGACGAUAUUGAUAGCGGCAUCCUGGAGACCCUGGUGGCGUCCUGUCGCAACUUGCGGCACCUCAACCUCUCGGCUGCCCAUCACCACAGCUCUGAGGGCCCAGGCCGCCACCUCUGCCAGCUGCUGGCUCGGCUGCGCCACCUGCGCUCCUUAUCCCUGCCUGUCUGCUCUGUCGCCGACUCAGCACCACGGUCCGACCGUGUGCCUGCCAUGCAUGCUGUGCCCCGUGGCUUUGGCAAGAAGGUGCGCAUUGGCGUGCAGUCCUGCCCCAACCCCUUCUCGGGGCAGGCAGGCCCUCAGCCUUCCUCCGUGUUCUGGUCUCUGCUGAAGAACGUGCCCUUUCUGGAGCGCCUUGAGCUGAUCGGGUCCAACUUCUCCUCUGCCAUGCCGCGCAACGAACCUGCUAUCCGCAACUCCCUCCCGCCCUGCAGCCGGGCACAGAACGUUGGAGACUCGGAAGUGGCUGCCAUUGGCCAGCUGGCAUUCCUGAGGCACCUGACGCUGGCCCAGCUGCCCAGCAUCCUGACGGGCUCUGGGCUGGUCAGCAUCGGCCUGCAGUGCCAGCAGCUGCAGUCUCUCUCACUGGCCAACCUGGGCAUGAUGGGGAAGGUGGUCUACAUGUCUGCGCUCUCAGACAUGCUGAAGCACUGCAAGCGGUUGAAGGACCUCAGGCUGGAACAGCCCUAUUUCAGCGCCAACGCCCAGUUCUUCCAGGCGCUCAGCCAGUGCUCUGCGCUGCAGCGCCUCUGCCUGGUCUCCCGCAGUGGCACGCUCCAGCCUGAGGCUGUGCUGGCUUUCAUGGCCCGCUGCCUGCACGUUGUUGUGUGCCACAUGUUCACCGGGGAGUCCCUGGCCACCUGCAAGAGCCUGCAGCAGUCCCUGCUCCGAAGAUGCCACGGCUUGUGUGGACUGUGUGGCCUGUGUGCACCUCUGCAGCACCCCACGGAUCCUCCCACUCCUCGAGACUGUGUGACAGUGUUUCCAGGCCGAGCGGCCCGCGCUGAACGUUGUCAUCUUCCCUCUGCUCCACGAGGGCCUGACCAAUGUCAUCCGGGACGUCCCCAUGGUGCACCUGGAUGAGAUCACCUUAUUUAAAAGCAGAGUGGCUGAGGAGCCACCGAACCUGUGGUGGUGACGGGGACAGCUAGCACUGGGCGAAGCUGUUUCCAGCAGCCAAGCCUCCCGCCUGCCACUUUCACCUCUGUUCGUCUCCUGGGCUUGGAAGCGGGACUGCCCUGACUGGUGGGCGGCCUCACUACUGCCACUCACCGCCUGCCCCUGCCGGACACCAGGGCCCGUCAGGUCACAAGAGGAAGGACUUCCCCUCUGCCCAGACAUUCUGUGUCCCCAUUGUCCCUCAGAGCCUCCUGAUGUGUCCUCUCAGUCUCUUGGCACUCAGUGAAAUGUGGAGCUCAUCUAUGAGGAAGAUGAGAAGGAAGAGCUGGUUGUCUGGGUGACCUGUGGGGCCUGCUGUGGGUGUUCCCGAACUGAGACUCACAUCCGUCAUGGAGCACUGACUCCCAAGGGGCCCUGACCAGGUACUCAAGGCACCACAGGGCCCUGGUGCUGCCACUCAUCAACUCUCCAGGGUAUCUCUGCUCAUGUGUCCGUGCCCUCCUGCUUUCAGGCUCUGUGGAGGAGUGGUCUCGGACCCAGGGCUGGGGGUGAUGGUGUGUGUAUGGAUGGACGCACUCACACUGGGACAUGAUGGCACGGCUGGUGACUGUGUGCCCAGUGCCCCCCUCCCAGGCCAGCUGGGAGCACGAUGCAGUGAGGAGCUCCAGAUUUAGGGUUGUCCUUCCCAGCAAGACAUGUUUUAACCCAAUUAUGUCUCCAGUAUGUUUCCAGCCAGAUGGUGUCAGACCAGUUCAGGGCCCCUGGCUGGGCAGGGACCGGACCCCCCCAGAGCUUGGAUUGCAAGAUGAGGCCCGAGGUGUAGGGCCUGCCCUACAGCCAGCAUGGCACUCAGCUUUAGAACCUAUACUCCGUGAAGAUCUGUGUUUCUGGGGAAAUACAAAACUGGCUUCAUUCAAGAAACUUGAAAUAUUAAAACUUAGAAAGGACAUUUAAAGACAGAGUAGUGAUCAGACUGUCCCGUUUCAUAUAGCUUUAUUCAGCACUUUAAAAAAUUCAGUGCAGCUAUUCCAAAAAUGGGGAGUGACCUCCCAGUGUCCAGGGCCUCCCUUCCUGUGCUGAGCCCACUGCCUUCUCGACUGCAAAACUCUUCCCCAGAGCCCAUUAGCCCCUUGGCUGAUGGCCUCCGAGGGGCUGUGAUCAGGUUCCCUCCACUGCGAGUCCAGCCUUCACCCUCUCAGUGAUGCUCCUGGAGACUUGUAGAUGAUGCUGGACACUGUUGGGCAGCUUCCAGCCAGGGGCACGUCAGUCCUGGAGAGGCUGCCUCCCCAGGACUCCCGGCCUCCCUCCCCCUUUAGGUUGGGGGUGCAGAGUCCACCAGGUCCUGCUCACGCUGCUGUCCAUCUUGGCCACCAUCGGCUGUGGGGCCCCUGGCCUGGCCAUCUUCCCACUUUGUGUCUGUGGCCACCCCUCCCCAUUCUGUGUAGUGUGCCCUGUAGCUUCCCUACUAAAAGACCAGGUUGUGGCCCCUGGGCUUUUCAUUUGCCUUUCCUUCCCUGGGUUUUUUGGGGGGCACACAAUUCAGUAACCCCCAGUCCCAUGGGGUGGAGGGGAUCUAGGAGGCCAGACAGCCACUGCAGGCAUCAGUCCCCCCAGGGUCAGGCCCUAGGAGGAACCAUCUGUCUGGUGGGCUCUGCUCUCUCCUCCCUGCCCCUGUCUAAGAACACAGGGGUCACUUCCCUCCUCGCCUGCCCGGGCUGUGGCUGGCAGUUCUUUGCAGCCUCUCUGCAGGCCACCCGCACACAAAUUCCUCCAGCCUUCACCUUCAAUGUCCCAAUGUGGUCUGAGCCAUGCCUGGCCUUACAGGCCAAGGGACAGGCUGCCCUGGGGCGUGGGGAGAUAGGGCUGAGGUUCCUGGAGGGCCUCAUGGCUGUAGACGAGGGUCUGAGAGUUGGUGGGUGCACCUCCCCUCCCCAGUUUUGGGGUAUUUCUUUCAGGUGGUGUCCAGAGACCUCCCGGCAAGGGUGGUUAGGAAGGGUGGUAGGGGACUGACCACUCCUUAUCCUCGAAAUAAGGGUGUGGCUGGUCACAGCCUGACUGGCAGGGCAGUGUCACCCCGGGGACAGGGGGAGGUGGCCCAGGGACUGGGGUGGUUCUGGGUGCCCUUCUCUUCUCCAGGGCGGCUCCGGGGGCUCAAGCUGGAGAGUGAGCUUUCCACUAGGAGGUUGUCUGAAGGCUGCAAUUGUGUGUUCACGUACUCUCCCGGAUGGUCUGUUCUCAAGAGCAAGCAGUUUUAACCAGCAGCAUCACUUGUGCCAACAAAUAGGGCCGGGAGGGGCUGUUCACCUGAGGCUGGGGAGCGUGAGUUGCUGUGGAAAGCCGCCCCCAAACAGUAGACCUUGUAGUUUUAGUGUCUCCGUAACAUCCUUCUGCUAGAGCAGGAACUUCCACGGCUUCUACACCCGAGACAGGACUCACCAGAUGUUAAUAAUGUGCUUAUUCUUGCUAA